UAUUUCUUUUCCAUUCCCCAAAAUCUUGUUUCUUUGUGUGUUGGAUAAUUUCUGAGGUCUAUCCAUCUAUACAGAGUCAGAGAGAGAGAGAGAGAGAUGUCUUGUUUGUUAUCUUGCUGUGCAUCGUUGAGUUGUGGAUUGUGUACAUCAGUAGCAUCAGGGAUAUCAGGAAGAUCAGCAAGAUUAGGUUACUGUGGUUUAUUUGGUCUUUCUCUCAUCACUUCAUGGAUUCUUAGAGAAGUUGGUGCUCCUCUCCUUGAGUAUCUCCCAUGGAUAAAUACUGCCGGGAACCCACACUCGAAGGAGUGGUUGCAAAUCAAUGCAGUUUUUCGUGUCAGUUUGGGGAAUUUCUUGUUUUUUGCAUCACUGGCUCUCAUAAUGAUUGGUGUGAAGGAUCAGAAUGACAAACGGCAUGUGAUUCACCAUGGUGGAUGGACUGUGAAAUUUGUGGUGUGGGCUUUGCUCAUAGUCCUCAUGUUCUUUGUUCCUGAUGUAAUCAUCUCAUUCUAUGAAACAUUAUCAAAAUUCGGAUCUGGGUUGUUUCUACUGGUUCAAGUUAUUAUACUACUGGAUGCCACACACACAUGGAAUGAUGCAUGGGUGGAGAAAGAUGAACGCAAAUGGUACCUUGCAUUACUUGCAGUAUCAGUUGGAUGCUAUAUUGCAGCAUUUACAAUAGCAGGACUUAUGUUCAUUUGGUUCAAUCCCUCAGGCCAUGACUGCGGCCUUAACGUCUUCUUUAUUGUCAUGACUAUGAUUCUUGCGUUUGGGUUUGCUAUUAUUGCACUGCACCCUCAGGUGAAUGGCAGUCUUCUGCCAGCUUCUGUGAUUUCUGUGUAUUGUGCAUAUGUGCUCUAUACGGCUCUUUCAAGUGAGCCCCGAGAUUAUGUAUGCAAUGGUCUCCACAAUAGUUCAAAAGGUGUAUCCAUGGGUAACCUAAUUCUUGGUAUGCUCACAACGGUUCUCUCUGUCCUGUACUCUGCCUGUCGAGCUGGAUCAUCCACAACCUUCCUGUCCCCACCUUCCUCACCAAGAUCAGGUGGAGGAAAGCCUCUUUUGGAUGAUAAGUUAGAGGAAGGGAAAAAAGGGAAAGAAACCGCAGCAGUACCAGUUAGUUAUUCCUAUAUGUUUUUCCAUUUGAUUUUCGCACUAGCUACUAUGUAUUCGGGCAUGCUUCUUACAGGAUGGACCGGCUCAUCGUCAUCUGAUUCAGCUCUUAUUGAUGUUGGUUGGACAUCAACUUGGGUUCGAAUAUGCACUCAAUGGGCGACUGCUGCUCUUUAUGUAUGGUCCCUUGUGGCUCCUCUAGUCCUUACGGACCGAGAAUUCUAUUAGCCCCCUGUAUGCAGUACUUUCUCCCUCUAUAUAUAUAUAUGAACAUCCAGUUUCUUAUGUAUGUAAAUAUUAGAACUUGAAGUACUGAGUUUUUAGAAUGGUGAUAUAUUUGAUGUAUUUUGAUAUGGUUGUAAGUUUGUAUGAACAGUGUAGACCUCUCUAUAAAUAAACAUGGAUUAUGGUUGGAAUAAUACA